AUGACACUGAAGGAAAAGAAGAGUCUUGAACACGUGGACAUGAAGGGCAAAAAGGUGCUCAUCCGGGUGGACUUCAACGUGCCUGUGAAGGAUGGGAAGAUCACGAAUGACUACCGCAUCCGCUCGGCUCUGCCGACGAUCCAGAAGGUGCUGAAGGAGGGUGGCAGCUGUGUGCUGAUGAGUCAUCUUGGCCGCCCAAAGGGUGUGUCGAUGACGGCUGCGGCAUCUGGAGGGAGCGGAGUGCCCGGCUACGAAGCAGCGGCUACACUGAAACCCGUGGCGGAGCGCCUCGGCGAGCUACUUGGCUCCCCCGUGACGUUUGUUGCUGACUGCCUCAACGCGGCUGCAGAAGUGGAGAAGAUGGCCCCCGGUUCUGUUACGCUCCUGGAGAACGUGCGCUUUUACACUGAGGAGGGCAGCAAAAAGGAAGAUGAGCGCAUUGCAAUGGCUCGCGUGUUGGCAUCCUACGGUGAUAUAUACGUCAGCGAUGCAUUUGGCACAGCACAUCGCGAGAGUGCAACAAUGACAGGUAUCCCAAAGGUCCUUGGUCACGGUUAUGCUGGUUAUCUCAUGGAAAAGGAGAUUGAAUACUUUGCCAAGGUCCUGGGCAAUCCAACACGUCCCCUGGUGGCGAUUGUUGGUGGUGCUAAGGUAAGUGACAAGAUUCAGCUCCUGGACAAUAUGCUGCAGCGCAUUGACUACCUCAUCAUUGGUGGCGCCAUGGCAUACACCUUCCUGAAGGCGCAAGGCCACAAGAUCGGUAUCUCGAUGUGCGAAGAAGACAAACUGGACCUGGCACGUUCAUUGCUGAAGAAGGCUGAGGAUCGCAAGGUUGAGCUACUUCUGCCCCUUGAUCACGUGUGCAACAAGGAAUUCAAGGCUGUGGACUCACCUCUGGUGACAGAGGGCGUGGACAUCCCCGAUGGCUACAUGGCACUUGACAUCGGCCCCAAGACCAUCGCAAAGUACGUGGAUACUAUUGCGAAGUGCAAGAGUGCGAUUUGGAAUGGGCCGAUGGGUGUAUUUGAGAUGACACCGUACUCGAAGGGCACUUUUGCUAUUGCGAAGGCUAUGGGCGACGGGACGCAGCACCACGGGCUUUUGAGCAUCAUUGGCGGUGGUGACAGUGCAAGCGCCGCGGAAUUGAGCGGUGAGGCGCCUCGCAUGUCGCAUGUCUCUACUGGAGGAGGUGCAUCGCUGGAG